AAAUAUUGGACAUGAUUCAAUCCUUGAGUUAACCUGACUGUCCAGGUUUUACCCGAAAAAAUACUUUUGAGAUGGUCAGAUGGGAAUAUUUCCAUGACUCCCAGAAAUCUGAAAUCUGCCCAUUUCAAGGCCAUCUCUUAUACUGCUUCCAUGGUCUUGAGUUCCAUUGGAAAGACUUGAUUCAAGAUCUAAUCAAGCAGCAGGGCACUUCUUAAGUAAUGCACUCAAAUUGCAUCAAUUCUUCUAUUUUCUCAAUUGUCUUGGCUUCUGCAUAUUUGCUACAGAUAACGUGUUCUUUUCACAUUGUGGGGAAAUCUGAUAGGAAUACAAGUUCCACCAAAAUAUCUGAAAUUUUUAAGUACUUUUUGGUGUCAAGUCUUAAGCUAGAUCUCAUCAAAAGCGUUCAUUUUUUACCAAGGCAAUAAGAAGGCAAGGGAAAAGGAGAAGUUAGAGUUGUCAUCCUCCCUCCUUCCAUAUUAACCGCUAGGUGAGUUAAAGUAUUAGUGGGUUAGUAUUCACCUGGGAAUCAACUUCAUUCCUCUUCUUUGUAUCAAACAAGCAAGUUUUCUCAUUCAGCCUAUCCAAUCCUGUGGAGUUCUUAAACAAAUUGAUUUGGCUUUCUUCAGAUUGAAUGUGGCAAAUCCUUUCUUUUCCCCUUGGCAAAAGCACAAAAUGAAGACAUCUUCUGAUUAGCUGUGGCCUCAUAAGUUGAAGCUCCAAUUUUCCUAUGGCUUCAGGUUGCUUUUGGAUCAUCUCCUUUUCCUAGAUCCUUGAAGACUUCCACUAGUUUCCCUUUAGCCUGCUUGCCUCUCUUGUCUUCUCUCAUCUCUGUCUCUCCUCAUUUGUCCAAUUAUGUUUUCUCUUAGCCCGUUCUUUUCUUCCACUUCAUGCCUACUCCUUAUACCUCUCCAAACUAUUGUCUUUUUUGUGCACAGCUCAUUAUGUUCCUAUCCAUCCUUCUACACGUCACCAAUUAUUGCAUCCCUAUAAGGAUUCCGUAUCACCUGAAUCUCCAUCAGUUGGGGAAUCAAUGCUUACAUUAUAUAUGCAACUAUCUCCAAGAGAUGAGGUGGAAGAGUGAGAGAGAGCCGGCUCUGCUUUUCAUCUGUCGCUGGGAGAAGAAAUAGACUACAGCCUUCCCCACCAUCCUGUACAACAUCUAUUUCCCCUCUGCUAAUCACAGCCGAUUCUUAGAAGGCUGUAUAUACCGGUAACAAGACUAAAGCUUCUUUCUCACCAGGUUUCCUAGUGCUGGCAAUAUUUAGUAGUAGCGAUUAUUUUAAGGUAUCGAGAUAUCUCAAUUCCUCCCCUUCCUUUGUGUGACGGAGGCCACCAAGAGUUUCUUUCCGCCAGCUGCCCCCUCGGACCGAUUAUGUAGCCCGGCGGGCUUGGCCGGUUCGCGCGGGGUCGGCAGCCGGGCCGCAAGGAAGAGGCGCGCGCUCCGGCUCGUUCCCCGCAGUUCUGCAGUCCCUCGCCGCGUAGGGAAUCCGGGGCGCGCACGCCCACGGUCGUCGCAGUCCAGGCGCCUGCCCGGCCGCUCCUUCCGAAGCGAAGCGGGGAGGGCGAGGUGGGGUUCGGGGAGAGAGAGAGAGAGAGAGAGAGAGAGCGCAGGAGCCACCGCCGCCGAUCGCCUCUCAGCCGACAGGAGGACCGGGGUGGGCAGGGCGGCCAUGCGGACCGGGGAAGCCACGAGAUUUCCGCGGGUCCAGCGGACGCGGGAAGCGAGGAAGAGGAGGAGGAGGAACUGCCACACCUGAACUAGCAACGCCGGGAGCCGCUCUCCACUUUGGCUGUGGGGAGCCCCGCGGUCCCCGAUUGACUGAACGGGGGCCGAGCGAGACGGGGCCCUUUCGCUGCCGGUGCUCCACCGGGAGCCACCGACCACCCGGCCGUGGUAGGGUCUGCUAGUUCCUAUCACUUGCGUCACGAAGCGUCCCCCCGACCUUUUCGCUCCGCGAUCGCCGCUCACCCUCCUUGGCUUUAAAGCCUCGCCGAGAGCCCCCCAGCCCAGCCCCAGCCCCACCCGCGGGGCUCCGCUCCGCUCCUCUCCACACGCCCCCUCCCCAGAAGAGCCUCCCCACCCUGGGAUGCCAUGAGUCAUCUCUGCUGCUGCUGCUUCCCCGCUGCCGCCGGCGGUCUGGAAGCUGCUUCUCCGGCAUCCGUUCGGACCCUAUUCGGCGGACAGCGCUUUCCCCGGGCAGCGUAGCGGGCCUCGGGGAGCGGUCCCUCCUGCCCUGGAAGGAGGAGGAUGCCUCUCUUCAGGACGGCGCUGCGAGUCUCCAACCGCUCUAUUCUGGUCUUCAUCUUCUUCUUCUCCUUUUCUUCCUCUUGCCUUUACUUCAUCUAUGUGGCUCCUGGCAUGGCAAAUACAUAUUUAUUUAUGGUACAAGCACGAGGUAUAAUGCUGAAAGAAAAUGUGAAAACAAUAGGACAUAUGAUUAGACUGUAUACUAAUAAAAAUGCAACAAUAAAUGGCACAGAUUAUCCGGAAAGCAACAGUACAAGUGAUAGUAUUGCCCAAACAGCGACGUAUCUUCCAGAAAACUUCACUUAUUCUCCUUCUCAAUCUUGUCCAGAAAAAUUGCCCUCCAUGAGAGGCUUUAUUGAAGCAAAUAUGAGUGAAAUUAGUUUGGAAGAAAUUCAACAGAUGUUUUCUAAGGAUUUAGAUAUUGAACCAGGUGGUCACUGGAAGCCAAAAGACUGUAAACCACGUUGGAAGGUUGCAAUACUCAUCCCUUUUCGCAAUCGUCAUGAACACCUUCCUAUAUUUUUUAGACAUUUAAUACCAGUGUUGCAGAAGCAAAGGCUAGAAUUUGCUUUCUAUGUUGUUGAACAGGUAGGAACACAGCCUUUUAACCGAGCAAUGCUGUUUAAUAUUGGCUUCAAAGAAGCUAUGAAGGACGGUGACUGGGACUGUGUAAUCUUUCAUGAUGUGGAUCAUUUACCAGAAAAUGAUAGAAAUUAUUAUGGAUGUGGUGAAAUGCCACGUCACUUUGCUGCAAAAUUGGAUAAGUAUAUGUACAUACUUCCAUACAACGAAUUUUUUGGUGGUGUAAGUGGACUAACAGUAAAACAAUUCAAAAAAAUCAAUGGAUUUCCAAAUGCUUUCUGGGGAUGGGGAGGAGAAGAUGACGAUCUUUGGAACAGGGUCCACUCUGUAGGAUUUAAUGUGACAAGGCCAGAAGGAGAACUUGGGAAGUAUAAGUCAAUUCCUCAUCACCACAGAGGAGAAGUUCAGUUUUUAGGACGAUACAAACUAUUAAGAUAUUCCCGAGAACGUCAGUUUAUUGAUGGUUUAAAUAAUCUAGUAUAUAUGCCAUCUAUAUUUGCCAGUAAACUGUAUACUAAUAUCACUAUAAACCUGAUGCCAGAACUAGCUCCUGUUCAAGAUUACUGAUGGAAUAGCAGAAUAAACUACUGGAUCUACACUUUGUAACACUGGAAAAAUACUAAAUCAGGUAUUUCAAAUGACUGCACAAUCAUGUCUCAAUUAGAGAAUGCUUCACAUUAAGAAACCAAUAAGUACUCAAGUCUUGUUAGCUUUUCUGUAGAUAAUAAAUACAGGUAUAGCAUGCUUAGAAAUCAGGAAAAUUCCUUUCUCUAAGAAUGCGUGCAUUCAAUGAAUUAUAAUUAUUUUUUUAAUGUUUUCCAUAUCAUGUAAAUAUCUGUUAAAAAAUAUUAGGCUUUUGACCAUGGCAGCAUUCUGCAUGUUUUAGAAGUAUUUGUGUUUAGUAUUUCUAGAAUUUAGGCAUGAAAUGUAAGCAAUUAAAUCUACAUAAAGAUUUUGAAUGAUUUAGAGGCUGAUUUAUAAAUAUUGACUAUCUGUUAUAAUAAACUUUUAUGUUUAUUUUGAGCUACAGCCUUUCCAUGUAACACAUAUGCCUGUGAUUUUGCCACUAAACCUAUGAUAAAUAUUUUUUCAAUCUUUAUUCUACCUAUUACCAGGGCAGUUCCCUGAAUAUGCUUGGAAGAAUAUUAUUUAUGCAUAUUCCAUUCAUGGAAACCCAUCUAUGAUGUUGCAUGUCAUUAUGGUUCUUAAUGUGCCAAUAGUGUUAAUGUCAGAUUUAUAUUUUAGUCUAUUUUCAUAUUGUUCUUUUGUGGAUUUUUGUAAUAAACACCAUUCCAUCCAAAGUCAAAAGACCAAUAAAUUAGAAGAUGAAUGAAUUUUAAUGAGAAAAAGUGAUGGGAUAAAGUGGAAUGUUCAGAAUAAUUGUCAUUGGUCAAGUUUUUUCUCAUUGAAAGUCAUUGGAUUGGAGUCAGCCUGAGGAGAAAUGUGUUGAAAUUUAUCUUAAACCAACUGCCAUCCAUAUUAAAAGUUUUCCAUUCUUUUGUAAA